AGACCCCCUGCAGCUCUGCAGCUCCUUGGUGUUGAGCGAGGGAGAUUAGUGCCCAUUUAAAGUAUCGCUUAAAUCCAUGUACAAUAAGGCCUUCUGCCUGUGCACGAAUAAGCAGGCUGAUAUCACACAUGUAGAGCAGACUUUCGACACUGUGUGUAAACGGCAAAGAAUCACAUUAGAUGCCUGAAAGUGUCUCUUUACAGCACACAAACAUCUGCACGUCUUGAUCAUCCAAAUCACGUAAGUCUGCAAUGUCACGGAUCUGAAGGCUUAUUUGUGAAAACAGUAUUUAUGAUCUGGAAAGAAAUUUGAAAAUAAACUUUUUAAGGUUAAUUACUGUAGCACUGAACCACAUCUGUGGUCAGAGUGCCAUUGUAAGCACUAGAUAAUGUAGCUAUAAUUAGGGGGUUCAGUGUAUGUAUGAACAGGUCUUCAACAGAAAGUCUUUAAGCUGGAUCAUCCCUGAGGCAAUGGCCACAAUAACUGGUUAACAUUUUAAAAUGCAUGACUUUUGCUGUGUCUUUACCCAGCGUUCACAGUACGCCUGGAUUAUGAAGCAGUGUAGUGGACUGAGGAAAACAGAGACUUUGCAGUCCAGGUCCCGAAGUCUCCAUCACAUGCCCACUUUGCUGUUGAUGCUAGAAGCCUUUGUACAUUCUGUAUUUGAUCAUGCUACUGCUGCCUGCAUGUAAGGGAAGCCUGCACAGUGCUUGUGAUAUAUUGUCUUAAUCAAGAUCAUCUUCUUGCUGAAACACAGUCAGAGCCUGUAUUUCUGUAAAAAUGACUUCAUUGACUGCUAAAGUAUUAACUUCACUGACAACACUACUCACUUCAGUGUAGCAUAUAAUAAUGUGGUGAACUGAGAACAGUUCAAAUAUAGUACAUUUAGUACAUAUAGUACAAUGUAGUACAUUUGGAUGAUAACAGAAGAGUUAAAUGACCUGUCUGAAUGUUUAUCAUGUAAAGGUCACUUUACAUGAUAAACAGGUCAGUGUUCCUUGUGACUUAAUUCAGACAUUCAGAUAGCAGUAACAAAAAAAAAGAAGAAAAAGAAAUGUUGACCAGUUAGUGUAUAUAUUUUUAAUGUUUACCCACGUCCACUAAAGCAACAUGCAACCUGCACUAGCUGGUUUGACAGCAGUAUCGAAAGGAUGUUGCUGUUUGUGGCUUACUGUGAGGAUGAAUGUUUAGCUAGAAAAAAUGAGUGGGUUAGUAAAAGGUCAUGGUUUGGAUUCAAAAUGACUGUUUAGCACUUUUGCGUCACAGCAAGAAAGUUUGGGCUUGAACCUGUCGGUGUCCUUUCUGUCUCGAUCUUGCGUAUUCUGUCUGUGACUUCAUGGGUUUUCUCCAGAUGCUCUGUAUCUUCCCACAGUCCAAAAAGAUGCUUGAUAUAAGUGUUGAUUUCAAAGUCGGUUGUACAGGUGAGCGUGAGUGUGAAAGGCUGUUAGGGUCUUUUUGUUAGACCUUUGAUGGACUGGAGACCCCAGCAGGCAAAAAGCAAGGACUGUAAUUCUGUCCAGUCUAUGAUCUGGAGACCCCCUGGUUCUCCAUGAAACUAGCUGGAAAAAUGAUUACAGUGGAUAUAUUGGUGUCUCUUCAAUGCCCUGUUUAUAGUAAUAACUAAGAGUUCAAGAACAAUGAUGGCAGUGGCUGUCCGUUAAAAAACUGGGAACUGACACUUGUCUUCGGUGUUCAAAUUUACUUUAAUCAUCCAUCCACCCAUCGCUGUAUGUACUUUUUUUUUAUUCAUCUUUGACAUUUGCUUCUGAAGGACAGCAAGCAUAACUCUUGCAACUUGCAGACUGCUCUGAAAAUUUACUUAUUUUGUUUUGGGGUGUUUCCUUAUUUUUUUUAUUUUCUAGUUUUUUGCUUGAAACAUCAGGUUUUCCCACAAAUAGACUUUACAUAGAUAUCGGCAGGCUGUACAGAUAUUUUAAUGUCUCAUGACUCAUUUUAGCAUUUUUGUGAUACUUAUCGUCUGUCUGAAAGGACGAUAUACAUCAUUAUUGUGCAAGUGGACAAUCAUCUCGCUCUUAUUUUGAAGGUUCAGUUGUUACUAACCACCUAGCCCCAUCCUUCCUGUGUCAUGCUUUGCUGGUUUACUGCUGUGCUGACAAAAUUAUUCAGCUGCUUUGCUCUCAUCCCGGGCAUCAUCUUGGAUGGCAGCUGCCCAUAUUGGUGUGGGGAGAUCUGGAGAUCCACUGUAAGUUGGAGAGCCACUUUUACUGAGACCUGCAGUAUUUGGAGACUGCUGCAUGUGUCACUACUACAGUUGGAGCCCAUCCAGUUGUGGUAGGUGAAAGAAACACUGGAGAGGCAGCUGAUUAAAAUGCUCAACAUGUCAGGUUAAAUAUUUGCAUUUAUAAAUGGUAUUCUUUAGCAUACCUGUGCCUGCUUUUGAGUGCACCCAACCCCUGAAACCCACCGCUGCUGUCACAAAUAGAAUGCAGAUCUUGAGAGCACACCGACUAUGCCAACAUUGACAUGAACGAUUUGAUGUCUCGCGCGUCUUGCUGUUUUCCUCCACAACUGUAUAAAGCUGGUGCUGCCAAUCUGAUUCCUUCAGUAGCUCAACCCCCACCCCAAGACAUGGUCCAAAGGCUUACGAUAAGGAUCAGUACAGGUGGGGGGGACUCAAUUAAAAAGCCAAUCACCAACGGAUAGACUCUAUCUGUCCAUCAACACCGCUCUGCCCAGGAUAUUUAAUUGCUCCGCAGGAUUCCCCCCUUUAAAGGCAACCUCUGUCAGCCACGUAUCAGGACGCACAAAUUGGCUGCUUGUUGACAGAUCAAAUCUUUCAGGAAGAUGUGCUUUGCUCUGGUUUGUUCAUGCUAACAACACAUAGGCUCAAAUUUGUAUUUAAGAAGAUGAAAUUUCCUGCAUUAGGGCUAAUAAACUGGGUUAACUGCUGCCAUAUUGACUGACUGCUCAUUGAUCCAAGUGGGUGUUAUUGAGUGUAUCAGCACUGAUUGCAGAUAGACUGCAGCGCACUAUAUGGCUGGAUUAAUGUGGGUCUCUACUGUAAUCCAAGGCCAGGGUGAGAGGAAAAUUAGAGAGGUUAGAGUAUGGACCCAAUAUAUAACAUACAGAUCCAGUUUCCGAAAAUUGCUUCUCAUCUCUCGAGCUCUCAAUCCAGGAUAUGUUGGCACCUUCUUACAUCAAACUAUCAUGUGAGCCAAAAAAGAAAACGCAAAAGCUGAUUCAAUUAAAGGAAAGAGAAAGGAAUCGCUGUGUCGCUUCGUCGUUCAUCCAGCGGUGGCUGUCAUGAACUUACUGUGAGCGACAUUAAAAAACAAAAAGAAAUAUUUGUAGGUGAUGUUAGUGAGCUGAAGUCCCUAUACUGGUAUUUCAUAAUCCUAGAAAUGACAAAAUGUUCUUUCCCUUUGCACAUUCUCUUGUGGAUUCAACCUUCGACCCGAGUGUCCAGCCCCCGUUUGUUUACCAAAUUAAGUUAAGGGUGUACACAGAGUGCAAGAGCAUGUGUGUUUAGUGAGCAGAAAGAGAGGGGUGAGAGAGAGAGAGAGAGAGAGAGAAAGCACGGAAAGUAUUGUGCAACAGCCAGGGACUCUGAGGUUGAUAGUAUAAAUAGUGAAGAAAAAAAAUCAGAAGGCUCUACAAUCUAACAUGAAAGAUUCGAGCUUGUCCAAGAUCAUUUUAAGCAUUGUUAACCUCAUCCCUGGUUGUAUACUUAUAAGGAGUCUCCUAUUGUUAAAGCUAUCGUGGGGAACCAAGUUUUUAUUUUGAUAGAGCAAAAAACGUAUUAAGACAGGCAGAUUUUUUCAAAUGAUGUCUGACCGGUGUAUUGAUCCAAGUUUUUUUUUUCUUUUUUCCUUUUGAGUAAUGACACAAUCGCUAGAGCAGCACACUCACUGCUUACUGGAAGUGACUCAUGUUGCAGAGCUUGCCCCCAGACUCUGAUUUGAGGUCGCUCGACAUGUUUCCAUGGCUAGGAUAGAAAGGUAUGUCAGUGGAAGGCCCGUCUAUAGGCGAUGACGUUUCCUCUUUCAAACUAGCGUGCGAUUGAUUUUAGCCAAAUAUGGCUGUUAAAGGAGGAGAGAAGAAAAGGAAGGAAGCCAAGAAAGAAGGAUGGGAGAGUAUUCAAAGUCAGCAUUUUCAGUCUGUUUUGGAUCAUUUCUGAGACUUUCCCCUUCACAGAAUCUUUUGGGAGUUGCUUCUCUCUAUCCUCCAUGCAGAUGGUUUCUACAGACCUGUGUAAGGAUGCUGCGUGGAUCACUGUGAACUUUGUUUCCAGUUGUACUGUAGGUCAACUGUUAGGAAACGAAAUUAUGUAAACAGCAUGUGGAAUCCAUUUGGAGGGCUGUGGCAUUUCUACACAGCUGAAUUUAGGCUCCUACUACAGGCCAUAGCUCUACUCAAUUAGCUGCUUCAGCCAGGUAUCAACAUGGCACAGCGUCGGCUUAAAAAGAGAGGAGCAGUAAUCGAAGUGAAGGCGUGAGUAGAUGAGUAAUAGAGGUAAACACAGCUGCUGGCUUUUAUUGAGUGUUAUUGGAGAGCUGGAAUGGGUCAAACCAAGGGGAAAAACUCGGUGAGCGAAAAUAGCUGCGCGCAUUUGAUGUAAUAAGUGUCAGUGUGUUGGAAUGUUUUGCUUGGUCCGUUAUUGUCAAUUUCCAUGUGCUGUGCGUUGGGGUGGAUUUGGUUGUGUCAGCAAAAAGUAGGGUUAGAUAGUCGCGACACUUUGUGAAGCUGCAUCAGGACGACUCUGCAAAGGCUAUUAAAAAAAAGCCACGAGUAAAUUGCCCGUGCGCUCGCAUAUAUGCCUGCAUGCAGGCCGCUGUUUGGAUGUAAGAGAUGGCGAGUGAGAAAAAAGGGCAAAGGAAGACAAGUGAAAAAAAAAUAAGAGUGUGUGUUUCACUGUUUGAGAUGAUAUUAUUUCUACAUGAAUUGUUUACAGUAGAUACAGUAGUAGAUGAGUCACUGUAUUGGUGCCUUGGCAUGCUUGCAUUGUACAGUUAUUGUACAACAUCUAGGUCGAUCUUUUUGAGAAUGCACGUGUGCUGUGAUGCAUUCGGAAGACAGGCCAUUGUGAGCAGUAUGUACACAGUGCAUAUGUUGGGGGAAGGGGAAUCACAUUCAGACAUACAUGUUGGAACACAAGUACACACACAUACGCUACCAGAGCCUAGGGGAUAAGAGACAGUAGCCUACACAAAGAAUUCGCCAUUAGGGUCGAGUGUGCUGGCAUCCCUUCGGGCAGGUGAGAGUGGGUGGGGGUGGUAAACAUGUGGGUGGUUAGUGGUGGUAGAGUUGAUGGAAAGGAUUUUUUUUGUUGCUUUUUUGUGAGGGUACUGAACUAAUCCAUUAGUUCAGUGUGGGAAAUUAGAGCAGGGUUUCACCCUUACACUCAUUUUCAAACAUGUUGAAAGCAGCUAUAACUUCUUCACGAGCGCUGAGAAAUGGCAAAAUACCACAAGGUUCACUUGCUUAACACCUUUACAACACUGAGAACGCUUUAUAUUUCCCUUCUAUGGCGGCCUCCCACUGUAAAGCAUCAAUAAAAAUAUAUUCACCGGUUUUUCAUUUUUUAUUCAUGGUGAAUGCUGUACAGAAAUGUGCCUGCGAUGCUGUUCGGUCUUUUCGAGAUGAUUAGUAAGUACCGCAGUGUGGUCACCUCAACCAAGGACCUGUGAACUGAAAGUAAAUAAGAGACUGGUACAGAGGCACCGAGUGCAUCUUAUAUUGAUCCACUGCAGUCAACCAGCCUCACAGUAUCUCACUCUCGUGUACAGUUUAGCCGUAUGGUGGUAUAAACAUACACAGAAUAUUAGAGUAUCUUCCUGAAAGGCUAAGCCAAGUGCUCCACACGUUUACCCUGGUUUGCUUGGCUCCACCUCCCCCUCCUUUGGUACAAGUGAGGUUUUUGUGUCAGAGGCUAUUUUAGAUGCACAGCCACUGACCGUGCUGCAUUUACUGAGGCAGGCUAAGAAACAGGAUGUUAAUGCUUGACGGAAUGCCUGCAGUCCGAGUCAAAGCCGAGCCCCUGGAAUCGGAACAAGGGUCACCCAAAGUGCGCCCUUACACUGCGAUGGACGGCGUCCCCUUUUUCCUCAGCAGAGUUAAACCGGAACCUCCCGAAGACCUGCUCGCCCACGACCUGCACUUCCACACGCAGACCGAGCCCGUCGACCUGUCCAUCAACAAACCCCGCCCCUCCUCUUCAUCCGCCACCACGAUUUCAUCGUCAUCCCCCCUCAGAUCCGCCUUCUCCCCGUCUUCGUUAUCGUCGUCAUCCUCCUCCUCCUCCUCUCCAUCUGUUAUCACCUCAGCCUCGUCGGUGCUCACAUCGGGCCCUCUGGUUGCCCCGGGAACUGGGGUGAGAGGUCAGCCAUAUUUGCACAUCCUGCACUCUGUGCCUCCGCCUCCAUCCAGCCCUCUGAGCCUGCAGGGAGCCGGGAAGCUCGCCAGCCAUGUUCACCGCAUCCCAGUUGUGGUACAGUCACUGCCCCUCAUGUACACCACUGCCGUUCGAUCACCCUCCAGCCUCAACAAUGCCAUCAUGCUACCUCUGCUGGAUGAGGCCAAAAGCCAGGGCAAAGCACACAUAGACCCCAACGGCCUGUCGCCAAGGCAGAUCAAAAGUGACAGCGAUGACGAUGACCUGCCAAACGUGACCUUGGACAGUGUUAAUGAGACCGGCUCUACCGCGCUGUCUAUAGCCCGUGCUGUACAAGAUUCCAUGUCCCCGUUCAGUAUCGACAGCAUACGGCGUCCUCGGAGGUCGGAGUCACCGGAUUCCAAAAAGAGAAGAAUCCACAGAUGUGACUUUGAGGGGUGCAAUAAGGUGUACACCAAAAGCUCGCAUUUAAAAGCACACCGGAGGACGCAUACAGGUGAAAAGCCAUACAAGUGUACCUGGGACGGUUGCACCUGGAAGUUCGCCCGCUCUGAUGAGCUGACAAGGCAUUACAGGAAACACACAGGGGUGAAGCCCUUCAAGUGUGCAGACUGUGACCGCAGCUUCUCCAGAUCUGACCACUUGGCCCUGCACCGACGGAGACACAUGCUGGUGUGAAUCAGACGGAGCGCGAUAAAGAGAGAGAUGGAGAGGUCAACGAAAAGACACACACUCACAUGCAUACACAGGCAGCCGGGGGAGCGGGAUCUCCCUGUGAAUGUUUUCAGCCGGCCUGGACGCGCACACACACACACACACUAUCACACUCACACCCACGCACAGACACAGACGCACACAUGCCCUCAUCCUUCAUAAGGAGAGAAGACGGAGACAGAGAAAACUGAUGGACGAAGGUGCACAGAGCUUGAGGAGCACAAAACAGGGUCACUUCUGGAUCCUCUUUGGUUUGGAACGAAGAGACGGCAGGAUCUUUUUUGUCUUUGCUUGGAGUAUAAUAGGGAACUGUCUUUUACAGCACUGUUCGUAAAUGUUUCACUUUGAUUUUUAAGAUUAACUCUUUAUUUGGACAAAAAAAAGUAUAAUGCAAUUGCAACUGUCUUUUUUUGUUUUGGUGUCUUUCUUUUCAUUAUUGUUCCAAACGGCUGCUUUUCCAGCAUUCAUAAUGUGAAAGACCCCGUUGUAAGGAAAGGAUUUCCUGUGUGAGCAGGAAGAAGUUUGGCCUCGACUGGAUCACGGAACGGACUUGGAUGUAGUUGAAGUUACAGGUAGUGUUUUUUCACCACGCCCCCUGUGUGAGUCUGAUUUGUGACCAGCAGGGGGCACCAUUUAAUCAUAAGUGGUUCCAUUUUCCUCCUGGCUUCUGCUCUUAGAUCUGAGGCAUCCCUUGUAGAAGCUAAAAGAAGGUUGGACUUUCACCUUUCUCAUCGCCUGCAAACUGUAAUCAAGAUAGACUCAAAUGCCCACAACCCGAAAAGAUCAACCUCAUCAGCACCUCCACUUUUUCAGUCAUUCAAUGCCUGUUUUCAUAAAUGGAAAUAGGACUUGCAUAUCAUCGCACCAGCACACACCAUUGAUGAUCCACUCACAUGGCCGGACAACUCCAAAUCUCAUCAGUGCUGUUCUUUAUGUUUAUGUUGAGCCUCUUCAAAGCAUUUAUUAGAAAAAGGAAAAAAAAAAAAUCUGGUGGAUUUUGAGCUGUGAUUAGCAAUCAGUAAAGUGCAAUCUUAAAGGAUAAAUAUACUUCAGUAUAAAAAUGUUUUGUUUAUUGGGUUUUGCUUCUUUUUUAAUGCCUGCUUAUUGCUUAUGUUUGACUCAGAAAAUACAACCCCUCAUGUACAGUGAACUGAACAAUCAGAGGAGAUUUCCAGUAUGUGAAAAAAUAGAGGCACCUUACAGACUUUUAUUGUGUCCUGACAUUUCUCAUUUUUUAAAAAGAAAAAGUCAUUUCAGCUGGGUUUAACAGAAAAAAAAGGAAUUUGUGUUGUGGUUUUGCACAGCACCGCAGCACUUGUCCAGAAAAUGACACUGACACCAGCUGAAGUGUUACAGGGAUAGUGUGGCACCUGGUGUACAAUACAGAAGAGCAAUACAUUCUGAACAAAGUGAUGGGAAGGAACAUUAAACCUCCUCUUUGUUCUGUUUGCUGAUGUCAAUAUCCGAGGAGAAGUUCCCAGCUUGGCCACCUCCUCACGCUCUGUACCACAACUCCCUCCGUUACUGACUGGUUUCUAAUCUGAUGUCUCCCAGCUGGUGAUUGUCUCCACAUGUAUCAUUUUUAUUCCUGUCGUUUGUCUCAAACACAAACAAAGUCACUUGAAAUCGCCUCAGACCAGAUAUAAGUUAUGAUUUAUAUCUGAUUUACCUGAGAUUUGGUCAUGUAAAAAGCAGAAAAAUGCAGGAAUUGCACACAUGCAUACACAAAUACAUGCACACUGUUUUUUUCCGUUCUUUUUUUCUGUGUGUGUGUUUGUAUUCACAGCAGGAGUACCUUUUAGAAGCAGUUUCCGGCAGAGAUAUAUUUAUUGGAAAGCAUCACUUAACCUUAAUCAGGAAAUUCAAUUAAAAAUAUAUUUUUAUAGACCUAAUAACGGACAUUUUUGCAAGUAUUUCCAGCGCUCUUUAUGCUACGUAAAAGCUUCGGACAUAAAAUAUCAGGCCAACCAAUGUUAUUCGAUAAUGCUGCCAAAUGCAUCUAUUGGACCUAGGCCAGUAAAAAAGAAAAAUGUUAACCUUUUCGAUUACGGUACCUUGAAAUCCAUACACUUGCACGCUAAUGCACAAACUUGGAUUCCACAUUCUCACUUUCAGUAAAACAGCCAAAUCCAGGAAGCAAUUUCCGCACGGAAGCGUGCGACGCCCUUCUCGGUUUGUUGGAGAACGCAUGUUGUCAUUAUUUAUCUGUAUUGUUUGUGCACGACAUUAUGCCCAGUUGUAUUAGCAUUUUGGCAAAACCAUAUCAGCACCUUGUUUGUUUGUUUCGUAUGAUAUUCAAAUGAUUUUAUUUCAGAUGUCAAUUUAUAAGCGAAUAAUCAUCAUCGUAUUUUAUCAUCCUUAUAAUGUAUUAGAGCGUUUUUAUGAUUGAGGGGCACGUCUUCAUUUGCAUAUAAAUCUUUCUCUUCUGUACAAAGGACAUUUUGAAAUGUUGUAAUAUAUGUGAUAGUGAAGAUAAAACUUAUUACAAAGUUCUACAGCCUGUACAUACAUUGGAAAAAUAGGGCUUUUGAUUAGUAGAUGCAGGAAAUACAUUUAUACAUGUAAAGUCUUUUUUCAGAGACUGUAAUUUAUCUAAUUUGAUAUACAGUGAAAUGGGGCUAAUGGUAUUCAUCAUGUAAAUGAUCAUAUGUGAUGUUAUAGAACAGUUUGCUUUUUAUUUUCUCUUUGGUUUGUGGUUAAACACAUUCAUGAUCAAAUCAUUUUUUUUCAGUUCCCAAGGCUGAACCAGUGUUUGCUAGAAUCGACCAAUUAUUUAUACACAGUAUUAAGGUACACAAUUCCCUGUGUUGCUAUUUUGCUAUACCCGACAAGAAAUUCUACCGAUCAAGCACAUAUCAGCGACACAUAUACUCCUGUAUUCAGUAUAUGACGUUGCAUGCCUUAAUACACCAAUUUCUGAAAAUCUCAAUUUGACUUGAAGAUGGUGUCUCCAUAGGACAGGGUGUAUUGUAUUUCCCUUCAGCAUCUCUUUCCUCAUAUUUUAAAGCAUAAUUUUGUUACGGUAACCAGGGUCAAAGUUAUGCAAUAAUAAUAAUGAAUAGUGCCUCAUAUCACAAACUUGUAAUAUCAGCUGCUCUGUGCAGAGCUUCGAUUUCAGCACGCGUGCUUGGAUUAAUAAAUUUCAAACGAGAAAACCACGAAUUCUGGGGGAGAAAAAAGAAGCACAGACAACAUUAUGCAAGUCGGACCUCUAAUGUUGAACUUUCUUUUCGCACUGAGCCUUAUACCAUUGUGUACAAUGCAGCAUCUUCCCAUAACACUUUCACAGGCUGUUUAUAGCACACAUUAUUACUUUGCUUGCAAUAAGUCACUUCCUCUAAGGGUAACAAAACCGAGUUACAAAGGUCUCUUGGUGUUUCAGCUUCAACACAUCAAUUCAACAUAGUGAUUCCAUGGAAGAUGAUGAGGAAUCAUACUCACAGGAAAAAAGAAAAAAAAAGAAAGGAAAAAAAAUCCUGUGGCUGGGAUUCCAGCAGUCACACCUCUCUUAAUGAAUACUUAUCUUGCGGUUUCUGUCAGUUCAAUAUAUAUUUUACUUUCUGUAUAACAUCUGCUUUUGAUUUUCCUGGUUUUGAAAAUUUAGGUAGUGAAGCCAAUGCCUUUGUUUCAAGUUUGCUGAUAUUACGUACAGUAAUCGUUGUUCCUGUAUUUAUGUAAAGUGAGUGUAGUGUAAAUAUAUUCAGAUCUUUUCAUUCUUACCGUAAAGAAUAAUGUGAUAUUGCUCAACAUCAAAAAGGGAGAUUCUGCUCAUGGAAUUCCACAUCUGUAACAGAAAUUUUUAAUCCUGAUAUUUUUCAAAACGUCAACAACAGAUGUACUCUUUUUUUUUCUCCUGUUACACUUUUUUUGUUUCCUUUUCUCCGAGAGUUGUUUAAGUAUCCAGUCAGUGUUUUUGCCUUUUUCUCUGUAUUUUUCAUAUGGAUGGAGCUGUGAAAUUAAAAUAAGUUCAAACAUAUACAUGUAUAUUAAUAUGAAUGGAGGCAUGAAGGUUAAUAAAGUUGCAUUUUGUAUGUAACAGACUGGGACGGAGCCAGUUGCUAUCUAUGACUGAGAUGGGUGGAAUGUGGUUUCGGUGUCACUUAGACAUCCGAGAACUCCCAUUCGCUGGCAUUCGGAAAACUAAUCUCGCUAUUAGGGAAGACGUAGCUGAACAACAGUACAGUGGUCUGUACGCAAAGUUCAUCGGACUGCUACUGGAAGCGGAAAAAGACGUUUUGAAUCGUCCAACUAAAACAUUGUGUACCUCGUUGUAAUAUCACAUGCUUUGUUGUUCUUAUGCAGUAUCAACAAAGAGUAGUAUUUUAAGACCUGGUAUUCUCAAACAAGCCUUUUCUGAGAAAAGGUUUCAGCUAAAAGAAUGCACCCUGUACUUCCUGUCCUCUGCUCUAUUAUAACGAGGUCUGGAUGAAUGUUUCUGUCAGGCAGCAACGGAUUGAGAUGAUUACAAUCAAUUCCCACUCCACUAAGCAUUUUACUGUGCAGGAUCUCACCUGAAUGAUUUAUCACUCACUAGAGUCUGAGUUAUGUGGGCUUUACUGUACCGUAAGUAAUGUAAAGCACUGGGAGGAAGGCUGGGGGGGACUUACACUAGUAAAUAAUCCUCAGAAGAGUUCAGGAGUUCCUCUGCACCCAGGACAAGCUCAGACACCUUCUGUGGCUUUUACAGGUUCUCCUGGUACUUUUUGCAAAAGCUUUGCUAUGACUCAUGUCAGGGACACCUUCCAAGAGUUGCAAACCAAGAAAAUUACUUGUUUUGUUUCGAUUACACCAGAUUGUUAAAAAGGAAAGUCUUGAAUCGGGGUGUGGUCCGGACUAAUUAGCAAAUUCCAGAAAAACUGGCUCCUCCAGCUGGCAAGUGUCCUUGGGAAAGUUAGACAGACUACAAAGGUGCUACAUGAGUUCUUUUUAUUAUCCUUCUAAAACUAUCUGUAUUGUCAGCUUGUAACUUAAAAAAUAAUGGUGUCAAUGAGCCACCUUUAAUUUUUUUCCCUCCUAUUUUGCAUAAAAAGCAUAAUUUCUAAAGCAAAAACCGAUCAACAUUGCCAUGCCUGUUUUUGUGCUAUUUCUUAUUCAAUACCAGCAAGGUUCACUGAAAGCAAAAGCUGUGGUGCAAAAUUAUAUAAUAACGUGCAAUAUUCCCGCUCUGCAAGCAACAAAAGAUUAGCAUUAGCAUUAGCCAGCGUUGUCUCAAGAUUUAGCAUGGAGACAUAUGGCUAGAGUAAACCUUUUAAAUGUUGUGAAUAAAUUAUCAGACAUUUCAAAAGUUAAUAUUCAACACAAAACAUCUUUAUUUGCACCGUGAGGGACACACAGCUCCAUUGGACAUUUGAUCAGUUUAGGCUACAUGUUAAUGUUUCAGCUUUGACACAAACCUCUGACCUUUGUGCAUAUUUAUUUAUUCAACAGUAUUGCAAUAAUUCGCUGCGCUUCUUUCUUGGCUGGAUAAACUCGUAACAGCGUCGACUGUAGCGGCGUAAUCUAAUCCUUUUUGUACUUUGUAAAACAAAAAUAAACAAACUUAAUUUAUUUUAAAAAAGAAAAUUUUUAAACUGUAAUACAAUCCAAAAGAAAUACAUGGUUCUUUUUUUUUAUUUUAAAACAGCAGAUACAAAAUAUAUACAUCUUAAAUAACAGAAACUUUAAAAUUAGUUUUUGCUAAGCCAUAUUCAAAUUUGGUCAGGUAAUAGAGAUUUCUAUUAAUGUUACAUUGUGGAAAUUAAGAGGAACAUAGUCGAUGGUUUUAACAGGCAGGGGCAGCUUCGUUUUUCAUUCAUUCAUUCAUUCAUUCAUUCAUUCAUUCA